AUGAGAGAGAGAGAGAGUGUGGGUGAGAAAUACAGUGGGGGUAGUUUUAGGAACCCGAUCAAAGAUCCUAGAAUUUGGAAUCGAGAAAAGUAUCGCCGAUUGGAGACGGAGUCCUUUUCGAUUUUCUUAGAUAACCUUCCAGAGGACAUCUCAAAGAGAGAACUGUUUGAGCUCUUCAGUUGGACUGGAUGUAUAAACGACAUAUACCUUUUUCGAAAGCAAAAAAAUGGUGGUUUGUACAUCUUUGCAUUCAUACGAUACACUACGAAGGGAGAGGCUAUAAAGGCCAUAACAGAGAUGAAUCGUAUGAGACUGAGGGGUAAGGUUGUGUUUGUUGGGGAAGCAAAAUAUAGGAGAAUGUCGGCUGCUAAUGGCACAAAGAAGAUACAGGAAGGAGGGAUUGUUUGA